AACCCAUCACUAGGAGCUUCAAACAGAGCCCUGGUCAGAUGGUUGCCAGCAGAAUAUGAGGAUGGUGUGUCAAUCCCCCGUGGGUGGACAGAAGAAAAGCGUUUCUCUGGAUUCCCCUUUCCACUGGUUGGAAAGGUGUCAAAUGAGAUUGUCCGCUUCCCCCCUGGGCAGCUCAGGAUGGACCAGCAGAGAUCACUCAUGUUCAUGCAGUGGGGCCAGUUUAUUGACCAUGACCUGGAUUUCAGUCCAGACACCCCAGCCCGAGUCACCUUCAGUGGCAAUGUGGACUGUGACAUCAGCUGUGCCAAGCAGCCCCCUUGCUUCCCCAUCAAGAUCCCACUCAAUGACCCACGAAUUAAAAACACAAAAGAUUGCCUUCCUUUCACCCGCUCAGCUCCCGCUUGUACCGGCGGCACAGCAAUUCGAGAUCAGAUCAAUGCCAUCACCUCCUUUCUUGAUGGCAGCAUGGUGUAUGGCAGUGAAGUGUCUUUGGCCAACACACUGAGGAAUCAGACCAGCCAGCUGGGCUUGCUGGCUGUUAACCAGAAUUUCACUGAUAGGGGGAAGGCAUAUAUGCCCUUCAGCAACAUGCAGAAGAGCCCAUGUCUUACAGCCAACAAGGAAGCUAAAAUCCCUUGCUUUCUUGCAGGUGAUUCUCGAGCAAAUGAGAUGCUGGAGCUGACAUGCAUGCAUACGCUCUUUCUGCGGGAGCACAACCGCCUGGCUAGGCAGCUGAAGAGAUUAAAUCCCCACUGGAAUGGAGAGAAGGUCUACCAGGAGGCACGAAAGAUCCUGGGUGCCAUGAUCCAGGUACCAGCCACCAUGUUGUAUGUCCUGGCUCUUCUGCCUUGUCUUGCAAUUAUAACCUACAGGGACUACCUGCCUCUUCUGCUGGGAACCAGUUUCCAGGGUUUGAUUCCUCGCUACCAGGGCUACAAUGAGUCUGUGGAUCCUCGAAUAUCCAAUGUCUUCACUCUGGCUUUUCGUUUUGCUCAUGCUUCAGUUCCCCCAACUGUUGACCGCUUAAGUCAAAGUUACAAACCCAUGGGUCCCAAAAUUCAACUCAGAAACGCCUUCUUUGCUGUCUGGAGGAUCAUUAAAGAAGGUGGUAUUGACCCCUUUCUCCGGAGCCUGAUGGCUAAUCAAGCCAAGCUGAUGACACAGCAGCAAAUGGUUGUGGAUGAGCUCCGGGAUUGGAUGUUUGAGCAGGUUGAAAGGAUUGGAUUUGAUUUAGCCGCGCUUAACAUGGAACGUAGCAGAGAUCAGCCUUGA